GAUACGAACAGAAAUAAAUGAGUUGUUUCAAAAUAUAUUUACAUUUUUCCCGCGAUCUCUAGUACGAUCACAUGUUUUGAAGAUAAUAUAAUGGUUAGAAUUAAAGUGAAUGAGGGGGUGUUGGAGGGUUGUAAAGUGAAUAAUGUUUACGGCAAACCCUACUUUAGUUUCAAAGGUAUUCCGUACGCGGAGCCUCCCCUGGGAGAUUUGAGAUUUAAGGCACCGAAACCUAAAACGCCAUGGACUGGAGUGCGUGAGGCUAAAAAACACGGCCCAGUAAGCUGCCAAAUGGAUGUUAUAUUUGCCCAAUCUACAGAAUUCAAGGGCGAAGAAGACUGCCUAUAUCUUAAUGUAUAUACUCCUAAUAUUGAACCAGAGAACCCACUUCCCGUCAUGGUGUACAUUCACGGAGGGGGGUUUUUGUGUGGCAGCGGUAAUGACGAUCAAUACGAACCCGAAUUUCUGAUAAAAAAUGACGUCAUUCUGGUGACAAUAAAUUAUCGUCUCGAUGUACUUGGCUUCCUAAGUCUUGACACCGAAGAUAUUCCUGGAAACGCAGGAAUGAAAGACCAAGUCGCUGCGCUUAGGUGGGUGCAGAAUAACAUAAGGAACUUCGGAGGCAAUCCUGUUAAUGUAACUAUUUUUGGUGAAAGUGCUGGAGCAGCCAGCGUAUCGGCACACUUGAUUUCACCGAUGAGUAAAGGACUAUUUAAAAGAGCAAUAACGCAAAGCGGAACCACUCUUUGUCCGUGGGCACAAACAUAUGGAGCGCGUGACAGAGCUAUCCUCUUGGCUAGAGAAUUAGGAUGCGAAUGCAACAAUGAUAAGGAGAUAUUUGAGUUUUUCAAAAAUCAACCAGCCGAAAACCUGGUGAAUAGAAAAGUACCUAUAUUUUUCACUGAAAGUGCAAAGUUAUUCCCUCAUGUUUGCUAUGCCAUCGUUUCAGAAAAAAAAUUUAAAGGUCAAGAAUGUUUCAUUGAAGGGGACUUCUUUGAACUUAUGCGAAAUGGAAAUUGUAUUCAUGAAGGGGUAGAAGUAAUGAAUGGAUACACAGAGGAUGAGGGUAUUCUCUAUUUUGCAAUGGGUUCUCCUCCUGAAAAGGUAAUUGAGCAAGCCAGUCAUUACGCACAAUUCUUUGUGCCGCACGACAUUAUGAACCAUGUUCCCCCUAUUCAGCAAAUGGCUCUUGGCAAAAAGAUUAAGAAAUAUUAUUUAAAAGAUCAGUUAGUGAACAAGGAACGUAAUUUCGAUGAAUUACUGAAAUUUUUGAGUAUGGAUUAUUUUAUACAUGGAGCCUUAACUUGGCAGAAAUUAUGUGCAAAGAAAAGCAAAAAUAAAAUUUUUUUAUAUAAAUUUUCAUGCAAAUCUGAGAGGAACCUUUUCGCUCAUAUGAUAGGAUGCAGUUUCGUAUACGAGAAGAGAAUUCCUGUAUCGCACGUUGAUGAUUUACUAUAUCUAUUUCCGUUUUCAAUUGGUCUACCAGCAGUUGAUGUGAAUUCCAAAACCUUCAAAAUGAUUGAUCAAUUUACAAAAUUAUGGACUAAUUUUGCGAAAUACGGGAACCCUACGCCUGAUGAUAGUUUAGGAGCACAAUGGCUUCCAUAUACAUCAGAACAAAAUCAUUAUUUGGACAUUGGAGAGAAGUUAACACCCGGUACAUCUCCAGAUAUAGAACAAAUGCAAUUUUGGGAAGAUUUUUACAGAGAGUAUUGUCCACAAAGAUUGUGUUAACCAACGUUAACAAUGGAAAAAGGUUUUCUAAUAUGAUAAAAAAAUGUGUGCGUGUAGGUACCUACUAAUGUACACACUACACACGUAAGAAGUGAA